GGUUACCGUAGAGUUGAAGAGGUUUCGUUUUUAAACGCCGGUCUCGGGAAGUGGGUUUGUUCCUGCCGCACGGCUCAGACUUAGAGCCGCUGAUAAAAACACGGGAUAAAUACGGGUGAAGACAUUUUACCUUGUAGUAGCACACUCAGCCUUGUGGUGUCUAGUUCAAAGGUCUCAACAUGAAACUCCUGUUAGCUAUUGCUUUUGCCGUCGUCGCCAUUGUCCAGGCAAAAGUGGGGAAGGAGUGCAAGAACGAGUCACAGUGCGACCCCGGGGAAUGUUGCCAGAUCCUGAGCCUCUUCCCCAUCAUGAGCAAGCGACAACUCGUCGUUCUGGAUCCUAACCAGGAUCGUACAGGAACGUGUCAGCUGUACAAGACCGAGAAUGAGCCGUGUGGCCCGUUUGAAAAACCCAACGGCUACUGCAGCUGCGCGCCUGGCCUGAGCUGCCACAUGUACGAGGUCAAGGUGGAGGACGCCCAGAUAACAGGCCGCAGGUCGAUGAUUGCCCCCCACCCCGGGUACAUGUGGCGAAGUGAGUGUUGGUCCGAGGCCAGAAUCGCAGCAGCCGCCAACACAACCCCGGCACCCUAGGGCGACUGCAAUUUGUGGGAUCAAAGGUCGAAUUAACGAUGACGUUUGUAGAAACACAUUGACUGUUUGAAUUGUAUAUUAUAUACCUACAACAGUAAUACCUUGCUGUGUACAUCUUAGACUUACAAAGCAUAGAGUGUUGAUGUAUCUCCGUGCUUCAGUCUACCUGCUGUCUACGCCAUCAAAUACACACACUUGUCACCUUGUAGGUCGCUGAUGGCAAUGACUUAAAGCCCACUUUGCAAC